AUGGAGUCAACCGACACAACGUCGGCCAACCAGGCCCAUGAUGCCCACCUGGACGGCGACAACGUCGAGAAGCAUGCGGGCGAGGAGGCCCCCCAGCAACCUGCCAUCAUAUACCCAUCCAAGUUGAAACAGAGCUUCAUUGUCACCGGUCUGCUGCUCGGCAUCUUUCUGGCCGGCCUUGACAUCAGCAUCAUAUCAACCGCCAUCCCGGCCAUCACAAACGAAUUCAACUCGCUGUCGCAAGCCGGCUGGUAUGGCUCCGUCUUCUUCCUGUGCUACGCCGCGUUCCAGUCCGUGUGGGGCAAGGCGUACAAGUUUUUCGACAUGAAGUUCGUCUUCCUGGCGGCCAUCUUCGUCUUCGAGGUCGGGUGCCUGAUCGGCGGCCUGGCGCCCAACAGCCCGGCCCUGAUCGUGGGACGCGCCAUCCAGGGCGGCGGCGCGGCCGGCAUCCUGCUCGGCUGCUACUCCAUCUCCAACUUCAUCGCGCCGCCCGAAAAGGUGCCCCUGAUCGUCGGCAUGAUCGGUACCAUGUUCAGCAUCGCCAGCGUCAUCGGUCCGCUGCUGGGAGGCGUCUUCACCUCGGGCGUGACCUGGCGGUGGUGCUUCUACAUCAACCUGCCCAUCGGCGGCAUUCCGUUUGCCUUCAUCCUGUUCUUCUUCAAGACGCCGCCCCAUGCCAAGAUCGCCCAGAAGACGCCCCUGAGGGAGAUCCUGAUCAGCUUCGACCCCAUCGGCACACUCACGUUCCUGGCCGCAAUCAUCUGCUUCUUCCUCGCUCUGGGAUGGGGUGGUACCGAGAAGGCGUGGAACUCAUCCCAGGUGAUCGGCCUGCUGGUCGGAUGGGCUCUGCUUACCAUCCUCUUCAUUGCCAAUGAGAUUUGGCAGGGAGAAAGAGCUCUGAUGGUGCUUCGCUUGUUGAAGAACCGAGACAUCAGGGUCGGCUGCAUCUACCUCUUCUUCUUGUACGGGGCAUACUUCGCAGUUGUCUACAACAUCCCCACCUACUUCCAGGCUACAGCCGGGCUGUCGCCGAGAGACAGUGGUAUUCGGACAAUUCCUAUCAUUUGCUCGUCUUCCAUCGUGACCUUCAUCUCCUCCGUCGGCUUUGGCAAGAUCGGCAAAUACUCGCCGUUCCUCCUCGCCGGUGCCGCACUGUCCACGGUCGCCGGCGGCCUGAUCUACUCGUUCGACGUCGACACCAGCCUGGGCAAGCAGAUCGGCUACCAGAUCCUGCUGGGUACCGGUGUCGGUCUCGUGGUGCAGAUACCGCCCAUCAUUGCGGGCACCGUCAGUGCCAACGCAGACAAGGCGAUUGCCCUGGGCAUCGUGCUAGUCACGCAGUUCUACUCCGCCGCCAUGGUCAUCGCGGCCUCGUCUGCCAUCACCAACAACCUUCUCAUCAAGAAUGUACCGAUACUGGCGCCGGGAACAUCUGCGGCCGAGGUGCUAGCCAUCGGCCCGUACGACCUCCAGCACUACUACAGCGGCGACACACUGUUGGGCAUCCGAAAGGCGUACGUCGUCGGCCUCCGGGGCGCGUGGGCCUUGGGGGUCGCCCUGUGGGGCGUGUCCUUCUUUGUCGCCUUCCUUGCCAAGUGGCCCGGUCAGAUGGUCCCGGCGGUGGAGCCCAAAGAGGAUGGCGCCGGGUCAAGCCAAUCAAGCGAGAAGGUCAUCAUUCCUCAGCACUGA